AUGAAGUUAAAAAAACAAGGAAAGAUAGUAAGUAUGGACCCAAAGCCAAACUCCCUCACCCCAUCGAAAGGGACCGAUCCCACUCUAGACACAUUAGACUGGACAGAAUUAGACAGAAGGGAAAUCAACAAAGGAUCUGAACCAAAUCAUAAGACUAAACCUCUAUAUAAUAUUUCUGAGGAGGAUAAAGAUAAGUCUAAGACCCCCCAAAGACAGGAAAGCAUCGAUCCUACCCUCAAGGAAGAUGUUAGUAUCAAGAAGCAAUAUCAUAAGCCUAACAGCCAGCUAAAAGCUAGCAAUCCGAAAAAUUAUUUCAAGACUAAGAUGCAGAAAUUAGUUACCAACCAUAGGAAGGAGAUAUUUCCGGCAAAAAGCCCUAACAGACUGCUUUUAAGUAAAUUCAAUAAACCCCCAAUAGAACCAGAAAUUACAGAUAGUGAAACUAAGGGAUCUAAACCAGGCAGGUCCCAUGCGAGUUCUAUUAUGGGCUGGAAAGAUAAAAUUACGAUUAGCACCUCAAAACACAAGUAA